ACAAAGCAGAUAUGACUACAUGUGAAUAUAUGUGAGGUUAGUGCUAUAAAUAUUUAAAUAAUUUAGUGUUUCCACAUAAAAAAAAAAACACUCCAGGCCCACCCAGGUCCUGAACUCAAGACCUCCUUGGUGUGAGGCAACAGUUCUGACCACUAAACCACCAUGCUGCAUGAUUCAGUGUUUAACUGUGUUCAAACUAGAUUUAUAAAUGCUGACUAUCUAAGUGAGUUAAAAUUAAAACAUUAGGACUGAAGUUCACAGUCUGACCUGCCUCUUGUUGCUGCAUCGAGACAAAUCAUGGUUUUAUAACCAAAAUGAGCCGAAUUACUCAGAAAUAAAAAUAUUUUUAAAAUUCUUCCUUUUAGCUGGUUGCUGACUCGUUUUUGCUCGUGUGUGGCGGUUUGUCACCGAAAAGUCCCUUUAACUUUAAGGAAUGACUAUAAACUGGUGUUUCCUCCCAAAUAACCCUAACUCUUCAAAAACUAAAAAUAACCUGAUGACUAAUCGGAAGUGUGGGUAAAAUGAGCAACACUCAGUUCCUUUGACUGUAAAUUAUUCCUCUCACUAUCUCUUCCCAGCAAGGUUUCUGCUCGAUCUGUUUGAUAAAAGAGCAGCUGUGAGAGCAGGUGUCCUGCGUCAGCCUGGAGGAUUCUGACGGUAUGGAAGGUUGAGACCUCGGCUCUUUGCCUCCCUGCUGCUCUCUGGUAUGUUUGCACGUCAUGUGUUUGUCCAGCCACCGAAGAGGAAGGACGUCUGGAAGCCACAGCCUCCAGUGGUGACAUCACAUCGGCUCAUGCCUGCGAGGACGCAUCAGAGCUCAACGAGAAGCUGAGACCUCGCUGCUCCGCCAGGGAUCACAUCUACUCGUCCCUGAACAGGCUGGAAAUCAGAAACAUGAACAGGAGCAGAUUCAUGCCCACCGUCCUGACAGAACCAGAGACGAAUACCUCCAUGACAGAACCGGAGGGUCCACCCAAACCCAAACGCACUUUCGAGCAGGAGAUGGUCUGUGACGACCGAGGAGAAAGAAGCCCCGAUGACCUGAUGCUCUUCACCAGCUUGGACGCUUUUGACGCUUUGAGUUUAACCGAGUUGGACAGCGAGGAGCUGAGCAACGAUAACUGCAGCAGCACACAGUCYGAGGAGACCGACAGCACCGGGGAGCUGGUCUUAGACGGGUCGAGAGACUCAUCAGAGGCGGAGGCCGGAGCGGGAGACGGCUCCUUUCAGAGAUACUACACCGACAAGAGCUUACCGGACCUGAUAAAGAGUGGCAGGCCGCUGUGCAGACGCAGAACGGUCGGGCAUGUCUCAGAGACGCUGAAGGAAGUGCGCAGGGAAGUGGAGCUGUCUCGAAGACGCAGCAUCAGACUUAAGGCUCAAGUGGACAGACUUCAGGAGAGCAGAGACAGACUGGGCUGGAGCCAGCACAGAGAAAAUGUCACGGAGGAGCUUCUGUCUGUCGUGAGGCUGCUGCACCCGCUGGUGGACCCAGAGCCCGGCAUCCCCGAGCCCAGUCACGGGGAAGACCGCCUGGACGAGGCUCUGGCUCAGCUGCAGAACGUGGCUCGCAAACUGGCAAUCAGCCACACCAGUCAGGACUCCAAAUCUGGUAAAAACGGCAAAGAGGACAGCACUAUUCUGCAGCAGGCACUGAGAGACAGAGAUGAGGCCAUAGAGAAAAAGAAGGCGAUGGAGGACGAGGUUCUGCGCAGCAAGACGGAGAUGAUGAUGCUGAACAACCAGCUGCUGGAAGCGGCACARAAACGUCUGGAGAUCUCGCUGGAGCUCGAGGCCUGGAAGGAGGACUUCCAGCAGCUCCUCCAGCAGCAGCUGGUGAGUCAGCAGCAGGCAGAGCAGGCCCAGAAGAARCCUUCCCGCAUGGGCAUCCUGAGGAGAACCAACAAGCCUCCCAUCCAACGGCCAAACAACUUCCCUCUGCCUGCACCCAUACCUCACACAACCAACUCCAGCCAAAUCUUCAUGACGGGACACACUAACUUGCCGAGUCCUUCAAACUGCGUCAGUCCUUCUCCUAACAAAGGCACCUGGAAGCUGAAAUUUAAGAAGGGCAAGCACAGUCAAAUCUCAGACCUGGAUGGAGAGGAGCUGGACUGCAACGACGGCUUCCAGGUCGUGUCACUCGAUUGAAACCCCUUUUACAGAGGAAACCUGAUCUGAUGCACAACUCCUACACAUAAAGUAGGAUUUUAUGACGGUUAGGUUGACAAUCAUGCAGAUGAACAAGAUUCAAAACCAUGAAGAGAGAAUUAAAGUUUUAUUUAAUCAGACGAGACGACAAAAAAGCUUUUGGAUUCUUGGAAGCACCAGUGCUACUUUCAGCAGUUUUAUUGAGGUAAUUGAACUUUAUUUAUGAUCAGUAACAUAACCAAACAACUGAAUGACAAUAUUUUAUUUAAUACAUUUAUUACAUUUUGAAUAUUUAAUCGAACACAUACUUUAAAUCUUGAAAUGCCUUACUGUAAAAGAAUACUACUGAGGAUGAAUGAGCCAUGUAAAUAUUAUUGUGAUGUUUAAAUGCUUUACAGUGACAUAAAAUAAAAUAAAUAUAUUGAAACAAA